AUGACUUAUAGAAGAGAUUCUGAUGUUCAUCAUCCAUAUGGUGCAUUGGUCAAAAAUGAGAAAUUUGUGAACCUCACCGAAAUCUGGAAUUCUAAAACAAAAGAAGCUAUCUGGCUGAAUAAUGCCCGUGCCUCAAGUAGGAAUAGACGAGUGGAAUUCACUGAAAAAUUGAAAAGUGAAGGAAUGAAUAUCGAUUUGAUGGGAAACGCAUUUAACAAUACACCGAAAGAGUGUCCGAGAUUUGCUCGACCGCCUAAUUGUACUCACAAACUGUUAUCACCCUACAAGUUCUAUAUCGCCUUUGAGAAUAGCAAUUGCGAGGAUUAUGUAACCGAAAAGUUUUGGGAGAAAGCAGGAUGGUACAAUAUGGUUCCAAUCGUGUUUGAAAGGAAAAUCUAUAGAAAUUUAGGGAUUCCCGAUGAGAUGUAUAUCGCGGUGAAUGAUUUCCAAAAUCUUGAAGAUUUCAUUAGUUUCGUAAAGUCAGUCUCAUCAAAUAAAGACAAGUAUUUGAAGUAUCACCAAUGGAGAAAACAGUACAGAAUUAUUGAAUCCAGCAGUGAGAACUAUGGGUUUUGUCAAUUGUGUCAGAAACUGUUAAAGUUUAGAGGACUUAAAUUGAAAGAAAAAUCGUAUGCCAACUUGAAAGAUUGGUACAGUACUCCAAGUUGUGAUAAUUCGUUUGUUGAUAAGUAUCUUCAAUAA